UUUUUUUUUCGGUCAAUUUUUCCAACUCUGCGCUUCUAACCGAGUUCCUGAGGUCAUGAAAUGUUCUACUCACACUGGUAGAAUUGACCCACGCAUUGAUAGCUCUGAGCUUUCGUCAUUUCCCUUUGUUUAAAAUAUUCUCAGCCCAGUGUACCUAUUCUAGGUGUUGCUUAGUUCGUUCACGUGCUUUGCUAAUUGCUCGGAGCAAGAAUAGAUUUAUUAGUUACGGACCGAAGUUACUUAGAGCUGAGGACGAAAAUUUUCUUAAAUUCCUUUUUGGCAUACCGAGGUUGGCUCCCAACAGAUUCUGCGUUUUCUAACCGCGUGUAAAAGCCGGCAUCUCAAUUACAUCUUGUCAUCGCCGAGACUUACCACAAAAGAUCACACAACAGGACCGAUCGGUUCAGAAAGGCAAACGGAGAGACCUGAAAGAAAAUCGAUCAAUUCUCCUGCGUUCUUUUGUCCAUUUUUGUGUUGUUCAGCAUCAACUGCACUGAAACAAAUCAAAAGAUUUUCGCGCAACUGGCAACAAAGUUAUCAGGAUGGCCUCCGCUUUCAAGAUCUUCAUGGCUGUUUUCAGCGUUUUUCUUAUCACGCACAACGGAUGCGCAGGAACAAGGACAAUUUGGACCUCUGAAGAAAAUCCCAAUUCUGACGAUGAUGGUCAAGACGACGGAGGUGACGACGAAAUGUCUGGCGACGAUGUUGUUCACGGGAACUGGGGAUCCUGGGGAAAGUGGAGCAGCUGCGUAAAAAACUGCGGUGGCAUAGAGACACGCACAAGACUACGAUACUGCAUUAAUCCUCCCCCAGAACACGGAGGACGACCGUGCGAGGGGUAUGGAUACGAGAAGGAACAGUGUCCAUUGAAAGCUCGAUCACCUUCAACCUUGACCUCUGGCCGUAUUGUGGGUGGAAGAGUGACUCACAUCCGAGACUGGCCGUGGCAAGUUGGGCUCAAGCUACCUCAUGGUGGGGGCAUUUUUUGUGGGGGCUCACUGCUAAACCAAGAAUGGGUACUCACCGCUGCUCACUGUGUUAAAGAUCUUGCUCUUAGAAGGCGUAAAAAUGAAAUGUGCGUCGACCCAGUCUCCACUCGGCGACUUCAAGUUGUUCUUGGAGAGUCUGAUUUAAAGAAGGUCGAAGGACACGAGAUCUCAAGUGGCGUAUCGAAACUUUGCAUCCAUCAAAAAUACAACGAGAGAACAAUGGAUUUCGACAUCGCUCUGCUUCACCUUAGCAAACCAGUGAACUAUUCCGACGCUGUGAGUCCCAUAUGUAUGCCAAGCUCAUCAUGGAACUCCUCCAACACUUCCCAAUGUUAUGUGACCGGAUGGGGCCAAAUACGUGAGGCUGGGCCGACGUCCGAUAAACUGCGCGUGGCCCAGGUCCCGAUCAUUGAGCAUAACGAGUGCAGAAAGAUGUACCAAGGAAAGAGCCUUACAAGACGCAUGCUCUGUGCUGGCUACAAACAGGGUCGAAUCGAUAGUUGCCAAGGUGACAGUGGAGGCCCGCUGGCUUGUUGGGAAAACGGUGCUUUUGUCCUGGCUGGGGCUGUAAGCUGGGGUUUUGGAUGCGCUCAAAGGAAUCAACCCGGGGUGUACGCCAACAUUCCUUCCUUUCAGUCUUGGAUCGAUUUGGCUAUGAGGAACGGCUAGUGGGAACGUGGGAGAGCUUUCUUGUUGAAAAAGGCGUCAGCUAUCCACUUUAUUAUAUGUCAAGUUACCGUGUAGUUUAGGAAAAGUUUGGAUCCAUGUCAGUAUCUGAGCAACGUACCCCCACUCCCACAGCAGUCGCCAGAUAAGAAGCUAGGGUUUAUGUUGGAUCAGGGAGGGGCAGAGGCGUAGUUGGUCAGAUACUGACUUUGAUAUUAACGUGCAAUUUUGCCUUAAAACAACUACUUCUUGUUGAGUUUCUGGAGCUAAGUGCUGGCACUGUGUUGCUUAGGUAAAUACGUCUAAACGCUGUCAUCGUUGUCAUAGUCAUCAUAACUUUCGGCUUUUAGCCUUCCGUAGUUGGUCAAGAAAAGAAUUUUGAAUACAAAGAAUUUUAAGGUAGACCACUGACCUACCGGAGUUAGAUAGCACGUAGAUAACACAGCGGUCAAGCGUCGGACGUGCGCGAAAGAAUAAAUUAUGCCCGGCCGCGCGUCAAUCACCUUGGCAAAAUUUCAAUAAAAACAGCCGCUGUCUUGCUAAAUAACCGAAACAAAAUUGAAACGGUCAUAGAAAACUUUAAAAUGAACAGAAGUGUGGAGAAGGAAAACUCGAUACUUUUCGAAGACUAAGCUUAUUGAAGCUCGGGUAUCCUGUUGAUUUAAGAUUCUGUUUUGAGCUUUACCAAAAACGUUACAAGUGUUUGAGACACCGUGACCUACUGCUUUGUGUGUUUGUUUGUAACUCGUGCGAGACAACUUGGUUCUGACAGCUUGAUGGCGCACCGCCUAGUCAUAGCAACGUGCGCACAGGCGCAGACGUUUGACACUGUGUUAGCGUAGAUUGAGCUCGAUGAUAACCGGUAUUGCCAGUCUUAGAGUACAGCGUUGUUCUGUAGAGACUCCUUUGAGUUCUAUAGAUCCCUCAAACGUUCGUAGUUUCACAGGAUUUGGUGAAAAGUCAAUAUUUAUAGAGGAUUUGCUACCAAGGAAACAUUUGUAGAGUUACAAGCUAUUAAGGCACUAGAUGUUAAGAUGUUCUAUCUUGUCAUAAUCUCUGUAAGCAACGGAAUAUUGGUGCGUCUGUAAAAAUGUUGUUGUAGCCUUAACUUUUAAGAGCUUUCUCAUUACACGACUUUUUGUCAAAGGCACUAGUAACCUUACAAAAGUUGUUUCAAGCGAGCUCUUUUCUUGAGAUUUAACUUUUGAUCCCAUCAAAUAAAACGUUUCACUGCACACGAUAUAA